CCGCAACGCCCAUCACUCAGUAAAAAAACGGCUAUCUUUUGCAUGUAAUCUUCCUGCGUAGUAGCUCCACUCCAAAGCCGCGGUUAGCAGCAACAUAAAAUGGCUAAAGGACACGGUGUAAAUCAAGAAUUAUCUAAAAUCCUGAAUCAGCUUUGGGCUGCUGAUGAAAACCGUUUGAAACCUGGUGUGGAUUACAGGAUUUGUCUCCAGGGAAAGGCAGGAUAUGUAGCUCCUGGCAGCAACAAUGCGGCAGAUAAGGCUUCAUCUCCUUUGUUUACUUACGUUAAUGAGGACAAGCUAAAAAGCAUAAAAACAUAUGCAGCCUUUAUUCGAUUGCUAGACAACUAUGAAAUGUCCACUGGUGUUGCAGAGACUGUUACACAAGAAGAAUUGGAAGAAAGUAAUUCUUUUCUUGAUGCACUUUUAGAAACCAAAAUUAUGAAGCUUACUCACCAGUAUUUGGUUAGUAAGAAUCAAGCAAAACCAAGUCUCAAGGAUUUCAAAACUCAACUCCAUGACAUAUGGUUUCGACUUUAUAACAGAGACAGGAGAAGUGGAGCUGACUCUUGUGGAUUUGAACAUGUUUUUGUUGGAGAAACAAAAUUUGGCAAAGAAAUAAUUGGAUUCCACAACUGGAUUCAAUUUUACUUACAAGAAAAACUGAACAAUGUUGAUUACAAAGGAUAUAAAGCAAGAGAUAACAAAGACACACCUGAUGAAGAUGAUCAUGUUCUGAACUUACAAUUUAGUUGGAAAGGCCUAGUGAAGCCUGUGGGCAGUAGUUUCAUUGGGGUCAGUCCUGAAUUUGAAUUUGCACUUUUCACCAUUAUCUUCCUGAAGUCCCAAGAUAAAUAUACAGCUGAAAUUGUCCGGGUGGAUGAGUACCAACUUGAAGUGGUGGUAUACCGUCAUGGAAGAUACAUAGGAACUUCUUAUCCAAAGCUGUUGAGCAGUAACAACAGGCAUCUUUAACAGAAAUGAGAACAUUUGCCUACCUUGUAUUACAUGAUCUAAAGAAAAAUAUUUUUUUGAAACCUAAACCAAAGCUAAGUGUUUUUUUUUUCCUGAUUUUUACUUCAUAUCAUCAAAAUAUUACAAAUAUUAAUAGCAACACAAGAAUGUUGUUUUAUCAAACAAAGUAUAUGUUUUGUUUUAACUCAAUUAAGUGCCUUUAAUUUGACUCCAGUUAAUCACAAACUGUAGUCUGUUUUCCAGUAGCACUGUAUGUUUAUUCAAGUAAAUAAAAUUGGAAAAUGUG